UAUGGGGUCCAGUGUACUCUCCCACAUCUUCUUGCUGAUGCUGUUAUUCAGUCACUCUGGAAACACUCAAGGAUCUUCAAGUCCGGAGUCCAAAAUUAAGAUUGGAGACAAAGUCUAUGUGAAGCCAUCUGUUGCUACUCCAAGAUACCAAUGGGGAUCAGUCACUCACAAAAGCAUUGGCGUUGUUAAAGAUAUUCAGGGAGAUACUUUGAUUGUAGAUUUCCCCGAGCAAAAGAACUGGAAGGCUGUAAUUUCAGAAAUGGAACUUGUGACCGGCACUAGUACGGGAUCUUCAAGUCUGGAGUCCAAAAUUAAGAUUGGAGAUAAAGUCUAUGUGAAGCCUUCUGUUGUUACUCCAAGAUACCAAUGGGGAUCAGUCACUCACAAAAGCAUUGGCGUUGUUAAAGAUAUUCAGGGAGAGACUUUGAUUGUAGAUUUCCCCGAGCAAAAGAACUGGAAGGCUGCAAUUUCAGAAAUGGAACUUGUGACCGGCACUAGUACGGGAUCUUCAAGUCCGGAGUCCAAAAUUAAGAUUGGAGACAAAGUCUAUGUGAAGCCGUCUGUUGUUACUCCAAGAUACCAAUGGGGAUCAGUCACUCACAAAAGCAUUGGCGUUGUUAAAGAUAUUCAGGGAGAGACUUUGAUUGUAGAUUUCCCCGAGCAAAAGAACUGGAAGGCUGUAAUUUCAGAAAUGGAACUUGUGACCGGCACUAGUACGGGAUCUUCAAGUCCGGAGUCCAAAAUUAAGAUUGGAGAUAAAGUCUAUGUGAAGCCUUCUGUUGUUACUCCAAGAUACCAAUGGGGAUCAGUCACUCACAAAAGCAUUGGCGUUGUUAAAGAUAUUCAGGGAGAGACUUUGAUUGUAGAUUUCCCCGAGCAAAAGAACUGGAAGGCUGCAAUUUCAGAAAUGGAACUUGUGACCGGCACUAGUACGGGAUCUUCAAGUCCGGAGUCCAAAAUUAAGAUUGGAGACAAAGUCCAUGUGAAGCCGUCUGUUGUUACUCCAAGAUACCAAUGGGGAUCAGUCACUCACAAAAGCAUUGGCGUUGUUAAAGAUAUUCAGGAGAGACUUUGA